AUGCCGUACAUCCACAUCACGGCCCGUGAUUACCACGGCCACCACUGGACUGGUUCCAGUGCCCAUCACCAGGGCUCACAACUAGAAGAACCCAGCCGGGUUGAGACCCCAGACUUCCGCUUCUGUGUUGAGCUCGGCCUCGUCAUCCGCAGCCGGCAUGUGGACCAUCAGAACGUCUCAUCCCUCGAAGUCGAGCUCAGCAAGCAGCUGACCCGCGCCGGCAUUCCCAACCACAUUGCUGGCCCAGACCCAUCCAUCUCAUCAGUAUCCUCUCGGGAAUGGACCGUUACCAGGGACCUGUGCAUCCCCUCCCGCCCCAAGGACCACCACUUCGGCAUCAAGCUGGUCUCCCCCUUCUACCGCUUCUCCCACCGGCCACACGCCUGGCAAUCAGGCCUUCGGCGGCUGAUGCACACCCUCAACGAGCACUUCGAACUCACCACAUCGCACCAAUGCUUCACCCACGUGCAUGUUGUCCCCGCCUCGGGCUACUGGACGCUGGGACAAGCCAAAGCGCUUGCCAAAAGCUCGCUGUACUUUGAGCGGUGCCUGGACGCGCUGGUGCCCCCCUACCGGCGCCGCAGCGUGUGGGCGAAAAGCAACCGCCACAACGCCUACUUUGGUGAGCUGUCCAUGGCCCAGUGCUUUGAGCGCAUCGAUGCGCAAACCACCAUCGAGGGCCUCGGGCUCAGGAUGAACUGGUGCAGCGCCGUCUCGCCUACAGGGGUUGCCCUCGGCAAGGCACAUGACGGCGUGGAUUUCCAGCACGACGCCUACCGCUGGUCCUUUGUCAACCUCAACGAGGGCGAUGGGUUUGGAACUGUCGAGUUCCGCCAGCCGCCGGGCUCGACUAGUGCUUCAGAGGCUAUUACUUGGGUUAUGCUGGUGGGUUGCCUGGCGAGGUUGAGCUGCGGCCUCGGCCACUCUCUUGAACCGAGGCACACGGCCAAGCUGAAGAGCCUGGGGGAAUGGCUUGUUUACGAGGCCAAGUGGUCUGAUAUUCCGAAUAAGGGGCUGUUGAAGGACUUGCUGAAGCAGGCGGUGCCGGUUGCAAGGACACCGGGCACGAUUCCGGGGCUGGAUGCCGAUGCGAUUACCAUUGACGAGGACCAGAGGUUGAGGUGGAAAGAGCGGGAUAGGAACAUUGCUGUGGAGAAGUACAGGCGGCAUUUGAAGCACAUUUCAAGUUGA